AUGAAAAAACUUUUAUUAUUGAUUGCAACAUUUCUAACAUGUACUCUAGCACAGGUUCCAGGUUUUGGAUGGGGUCCAGAUUAUUCACCGAUGGCCGAUUUCGAUUUGGAUAGAUAUCAAGGUGUUUGGUACGAAGCCGAAAGAUAUUUUACAGUUUUGGAAGCCGGAAGUAGAUGCGUGAGAAGUAAUUAUACAAAAGGUUCCGAUGGUAAAUUUAGAGUAUCCAACGAAAUAACAAACAGAUUAACCGGAAUAAGACGAGUACUCGAUGGUGUCGUACAAAAUAUCGGUAAAGGAGGUGAAGGAAAAAUAUCAGUCAAAUACAACACACUUCCAGUACCUGUUGAUACUCAAUAUUCGGUACUCGAUACCGAUUAUGAUAAUUAUUCGGUUGUUUGGUCUUGCAGUUCAUUGGGACCUUUAAAUACUCAAAAUGCUUGGGUCAUGACCCGUGAAAGACUUGCACCCGGUAAAACACUUCAAACCGCCUACGGCAUUUUAGAUAAAUACAAAAUAAGCAGAACAUUUUUCGUUAAAACCGAUCAAAACGAUUGUUUGUUUAGCGAACCGUUAACAGCCGAACCUCCAGUUGAUACACCGGAAGACGAAGUCAACGAAAAACAAAAAAAAGAAACAAACGACAAUUCGGUAAGAGCCGAUGUUACUACUUCCGUUAAGGAACCAUCGACGACGAGAGUCGAACAACAAGUUCAAGAUCCAGUUAAUGUUAAACAGGGACAAGUAGAACAACAAACCCUCGUCCAACAAUUGGAUAACGUCGAACACAAAUACAAACCCGUCGUUGUACACACUUUAAAUGCAGAAUCCACGCAAUUUCCGGUUGUUCAUCAAGUAGAAACCGCUCCAAAAGUCGAAACCGUUUAUUUGGAACCACUCAAACAAGAUGAUGGCGAAUCAUCAUCAUCCGUUCAAAAAGUUUCCGAAAAAGUAGUAAACCUAGAAAAAAAUCCUAAAUAA